AAGCAGCUGGAAGAUGGUCGCACCUUGUCCGACUACAACAUCCAGAAGGAGUCCACCCUGCACUUGGUGCUGCGCCUGAGGGGUGGCAUGCAGAUCUUUGUGAAGACCUUGACUGGGAAGACCAUCACCCUGGAGGUUGAGCCCAGUGACACCAUCGAGAAUGUCAAGGCCAAGAUCCAGGACAAGGAAGGCAUUCCCCCUGAUCAGCAGAGGCUGAUCUUUGCUGGCAAGCAGCUGGGAGAUGGUCGCACCUUGUCCGACUACAACAUCCAGAAGGAGUCCACCCUGCACUUGGUGCUGCGCCUGAGGGGUGGCAUGCAGAUCUUUGUGAAGACCUUGACUGGGAAGACCAUCACCCUGGAGGUUGAGCCCAGUGACACCAUCGAGAAUGUCAAGGCCAAGAUCCAGGACAAGGAAGGCAUUCCCCCUGAUCAGCAGAGGCUGAUCUUUGCUGGCAAGCAGCUGGAAGAUGGUCGCACCUUGUCCGACUACAACAUCCAGAAGGAGUCCACCCUGCAUCUUGUGCUGCGCCUGAGGGGUGGUAUGCACUUGUUCAUUACAAUAAAGCUGUUGCAUCCACAAAAGCUUGUGUCUCGGCUGAUCUUUGCUGGCAAGCAGCUGGAAGAUGGUCGCACCUUGUCCGACUACAACAUCCAGAAGGAGUCCACCCUGCAUCUUGUGCUGCGCCUGAGGGGUGGUAACUGAACUGGCUGGCUGUUGCUUUCCUCCAAAUAAAGGCUUCUCUGCACUUGUUCAUUACAAUAAAGCUGUUGCAUCC